AUGUCGUGUCAGCAGGACGGAGGGAGCCAGCCAUGCAGCGAGGAGAAGCAUGUCACAGACAAAGCAGAAUCCAAGUCCGCAAGCGACAAAGCGAAAGAGACAGGAUACUCGCUGUUCUCACUUCUCAAAGAGCUGCAUCGACUCUCCUCGAAGGCCAAAUUCGAACAUAACCCACCUAUCCUGAACCCAUCCCCUCUAAUGAUGAGGACCUACCCUCGGCAGAUUGUCCCGUGGGAGGAUUUCCUUUACCUGCAGAAAGAGGUCUGGGACGUGUUCGUGGCUGAAGACACGUACGUCCGUCGAGAAGACGUGUUUGGACACCACAACCAGGCCCUCUGGAGCUCGAUCUAUUGGGACAGCAGUUACCGGAUCAGCCACGAAUGGCAGGUCCGAGACUUCCACCACGGCAUGGUCGAGCACGCAGCGCAGUGGAUCAUCUCGGACCUGUACCGGAACGUGUGUCUUCGACGGCGGUUCGGUCUCGUGGAUGGCGAGAAGCCCAGCUUCAAGACCCGCGAGGACCGCGUCUCGCAUGUCUGUAUCCAGAAGCGCAAAAAUGAGCACCGGACUCCCAUCUUCGCGAUCGAAUUCAAGGCCCCCCAGAAGUUGUCCCUGCCCGAACUCAUCGCUGGCUUUCAAGAGAUGGAGCUCGCUCGUGAUGUGAUUGACAAGGAGGCUGACACCUUCGAAGACUACGCCAAGCGCCUUGUUGCGGCUGCCAUCACCGAGCUGUACUCCUACAUGCUCAGUCGCGGAGUCCGCCACGGAUAUCUCUUCACGGGCGAAGCCUAUCUGUUCGUCCAUAUCCCGUAUGAGGACUCGUCUGUCGCCAAAUGCCAUCUGUCGAUCCCGAAUCGCGAAGUGGUCGAUAUCAACGACGAGGACCACCUCCGUCGCACCGCGAUGGCCCAAGUGCUUGCCUUCACCCUUUACGCCAUGAGAGCGUCGUGGUCGCCUCGGCAGUCAUGGUACAUCAGCGCCAGCCAGCAGGACACAUGGAAAGUCUCGUACAUGCAAGUUCUGAGCGGCACUCCGAGAUCAGUACGUCGAAAGCCUCCUUCGUUGGAAUACAAGCUGCCGUCGUUGCAGCCCGGCUCCGAGACUCGUUAUCCCCUGCAAGAAAGCCUCGAUCAUUCCGAUGGAGAACUCGAGGGCGUAACUCGGGAAUACUGCACGAUGGCAUGUCUGCGCAGCCUGAUGACAGAUGGCGCGCUGGAUCAGAAAUGUCCCAACGUGCAGCAGCAUUCGUUUCACAACAAGCACCCCUUCAGCGCAGAGGAAUUCAUCCGCCGCCUGCAGGCGCAGCUAGAUGAGGACCCAGACCACGGAUUCGAACCGCUGCAUAUCCGCGGCAGUACGGGGUUCCUGGUCAAGGCCAGCCUGUUAUCGCACGGCUACACGGUGACCAUCAAAGCGACCACGACGCACGGCGCAGAGUACCUCGAGCACGAGAUCCAGGUGUACAACCGUCUGCGCCCGCUGCAGGGGUUCGACGUGCCGGUGUGCAUCGGCGAGUUGCGUCCGCAGCCGCACUACUGGUAUCACGGUGAAAAGACUGUGCGGAUGCUGGUGCUCAGCUGGGCGGGCGUCCGUCUGGAUUUCGGCAUGCUCUACGAUGACGACGAUGACAGCAACAGCGACAAUAACAACAACGACGACGACAAUAAGGUCAAAGGCAAGUGCAAGAACAAGAAGAACAAGAAGAAGAAAAAGCACAUCGACCACGACAGGAAACACAAGGAGUGUCUCCAGAGGAUACAGGCCCUGGGCGUCGAGGUCGACGAUACCACCGCCUGGCGCAAUUUCCUCUGGAAUGAGGAGCUUGACCGCGUCGUGGCCAUUGAUUUUGAGCGGUUCAAUCUGUCGGGGGAGCCGGAUGGGGGGCAGAAAAGGAAGAGGUUUUGA